AUUCGUCCCCUCCGGCAGGCGCUUACUUUGACUGUUCCUCGUGUUCCCACUCUGAACCGUCCCCUGUUUUCCUCCUCCUCCUCCUGCUAGCCGCAACUCUCUGUUCUUGAGCUGCCCGUUUCUCAGCAGAUCCCUCUCUCGGAGGUUGUCAUGUUCAUGGGCUUUCGAAUUCUUGAACUCAGAGCAGCUGGUUCUCUCAAUUGCAGGAGUGUCUCCUGAUCUGCUCGAAACAAAUGAGGAUUUGGCUCCUCCUAUGGCUGGUCUUAAUACUCGCGCAAACCAACCCCUUCAGCAUAGGCAGGAUUUUGGUUUCGGGGCAGUGUCUCGCCGGCGAUCAGAAAUCGCUGCUGCUGGAACUGAAGAAUAGCCUCAACUUCCGGACUUCUUGGUCCACGAAAUUGGUCAGAUGGAAUCAGAGGAAUGAUUCUUGGGAGGGCGUGACCUGCAAAGAUGGCCAAGUUACGGGUCUUGAUCUGAGCAACGAGUGGAUCACUGGUGGACUUAACGACUCAUCGAGUCUUUUCAGACUCAAUUAUCUUCAGGAGCUGAAUUUGGCUUCCAACAGCUUCCAGUCUCUGGAGAUCCCAUCUGGGUUCAGUAAUCUCACCAAUUUGGUGUACCUGAAUCUUUCAAAUGCGGGCUUCACAGGACAGGUUCCAAUUGGAAUAUCACGUUUGACAAGGUUGGUUACUCUUGAUGUAUCCAUGGUUUAUUUUCCUGGGCUCACUUCACUGAAACUCGAGAAUCCGAAUCUAAAGAUGCUUGUUGGGAAUCUUAACGAGCUGAGAGAGUUGUACCUUGACGGAGUGGACGUGUCUGCUACAGGCAAUGAAUGGUGCAAUGCAUUGUAUUCUUCACUGCCGAAACUUCAAGUGUUGAGCAUGAUAAAUUGUAAUCUAUCAGGUCCCCUUGAGUCUUGCUCUUCCCUCAUGAAUCUUCAUUCUCUGUCAGUGAUUAAACUGGACGGCAAUAAUCUGUCUACCACCGUCCCAGAGUUCUUUGCCCUCUUCGGCAAUUUAACAACUCUGCAUCUCAGUUCUUGUGGCCUGCAAGGAGUAUUCCCUCAAAAAAUCUUCCGGGUACAAACACUUCAGACCCUUGACCUAUCAGUUAACCAGCUUCUUCAGGGUUCUUUGCCAGAAUUUCCGGAAAAUGGUUCUCUUCAGACACUGGUUCUUAGUUUCACAAAUAUUUCCGGGAGGCUCCCAUAUUCAAUUGGUAAUCUCAGAAAUCUGUCAAGAAUAGAAUUGAUGAAUUGCAGCUUGGGUGGAAAUAUCCCAAGCUCUUUCACCAAUCUUUCGCAACUCGCUUAUUUGGACUUCUCGUUCAACAAUUUUACUGGUUCAAUUCCAUCUCUCAGCAAGUCCAAGAAUAUGACACAAAUCAAUUUGUCCCACAAUAAUCUGACCGGUCAAAUUGUUUCAACCCAAUGGGAAUAUCUCUCGAGUCUUCUUAUUCUCAAUCUGCAAUUCAAUUCACUGAAAGGAAAUAUUCCUUCAUCUCUGUUCACACUUCCAUUGGUUCAUAAGCUUCAACUUUCCAACAACCAAUUUUCUGGUAAAGUGAAUGAAUUUUCUAAUGCUACACCACACAAACUGGAUACACUUGAUUUGAGCAACAACGAUAUAGGAGAAGAACUACCAAAGUCUAUAUGGGAAUUCCGAGGGCUUAAGUACCUCUCACUUUCUUCCAAUAAUUUCAGUGGCUCAUUCCACAUUAAUUUGGUUCAGCAGCUGAGAGAUCUUUCUCAUUUGGAUCUUUCUUACAAUCGCUUUUCCAUUUAUGCCACAAAUACUGCUGCCCAGGCAUCUUCAUUCCCUAACCUUACAACUUUAAAGUUGGCUUCUUGCCAGUUGACGACUUUACCGGAGUUCCUCGCUGAGCAACACAAAUUGGUAUAUCUAGACCUCUCUAAUAAUCAAAUUCAGGGCAAGAUACCAAAAUGGAUAUGGGAGCUUCAAUAUCUUCUGUAUCUCAAUAUUUCGUCUAAUUUGCUCGAAGAUAGUGAAACACCGUCGCUUAAUCUCACUUCUUCUCUGUUUGUUCUCGACCUCCAUAAGAACAGGCUCCGUGGACAAACGUUGCCCCUGCCGCCACUUGCCACUCACUUGGACUUCUCGAGUAACAACUUCACUUCAGUCAUUCCACCUGCUAUUGGUAUGUAUCUUUCUGUGGCAAUAUUUCUCUCCCUGUCUAAUAACAAGUUCCACGGGUCUAUCCCAAAAUCCAUUUGCAAUGCUGAAUAUCUCAAGGUGCUCGACCUAUCUCAUAAUAAUUUGAGUGGAAAUAUACCUGAUUGCUUAGUGAUGGAGUCUCUCAAGGUAUUAAAUCUGCGAGACAAUGCCUUGCACGGUAGCAUUAUCAAUUUCCUCGAAACAUGUGGUUUGAAGACUUUGGAUCUCAGCUUUAAUCUAUUACGAGGGCAGUUCCCAGAGUCAUUGGCAAAUUGCACAACUCUAGAGGUUUUAGACGUCGGAAACAACCAGAUUGAUGACGUGUAUCCAUGUCAAUUGAAGAGCAUUGCAAGUCUACGUGUACUCGUGUUACGAUCCAACAAGUUCCAUGGAGGGGUUGGAUGUCCGGAGACUAAUGGCACUUGGAAGAUGCUUCAAAUUGUGGACAUAUCUUCCAACAAUUUCAAUGGCACUCUGCCUUCUCAAUACCUCACAACUUGGGAGGCUAUGAAGGUUAAUGUAGACAUGAAUCGUAUCCAGUAUCCAUUCCUUCUCUUUUCCGGACUCUAUUAUCAGGACACAGUAACCGUCACCUUCAAAGGGCUACAACUGGAGCUGGAGAAGAUCUUAACUCUUUUCACUUCAAUUGACUUCUCAUGCAACAAUUUCGAAGGUCCAAUACCUGAUACUCUAGGGGCUCUCGAAGCGCUUUAUUUCCUCAACUUAUCAAACAAUGCAUUCUCAGGGCCAAUUCCUCCGUCCCUAGGACACUUGCGUCAGCUUGAGUCCUUGGACCUUUCAUGGAACGACCUCAAUGGAACAAUUCCCACACAGCUUUCAGACCUUAAUUUUCUUUCGAUGUUGAACCUCUCAUACAAUAAGCUUGAAGGUAGCAUCCCAACAGUCAAACAAUUUCUCACCUUCUCAGAAGAUUCCUUCAAAGGCAAUAGCAGAUUGUGUGGAUUUCCGCUGCCCACAAAAUGCUCAGAUCCCGAUAGCAAGGGAACAGGUCCCUCAGAUUCCUUCGAAGGCAACGCCGGCGACAGUGAUGAUAGCGAGAAGUGUUUUUACAUGAGCAUUUCGCUUGGAUUCGUGGUUGGCUUCUGGAUAUUUUGUGGUCCGUUAGCAUCAAUCAAAUCUUGGAGGUUUGCUUAUUAUCGAUUCUGGGAUAAAGUAUUGCUUAGACACUUACGUCCAUGAAGAUUUCAGCUAAGGUUUAGUUAUUAAACUCAAGAAAGAGUAUUUUCCUUCGUUCGUUCUCUUCAUAAUUCUCCAUCACCUUUA